GAAUUGCCUUUUUGUUGGAUAUUGUAUGAGAGGCAUCAUGGUGUCUUGGUUGCAUGUGGGGUUGUUCAAUACUACCAAAGGAAGUGCCCUUUUGUUGGAUAUUGCAUGAGAGGCAUCAUGGUGUCUUGGUUGCAUAUGGGGUUGUUCAAUACUGCCAAAGGUUCUCAAAGACAACCAAGUUGAGUCUAUCUACUUCACUCUGGAGACAUGCCAGCUAUGCCUCAUCUUGAAGAAACAGAUAAAGGAGAUAAUCCCACAUUCAAAUGGGGUAAAAAGAGAGGAGUUGGUGGGGCAAAAAAAGAAGUCCAAUUUUAUGAAUCAUUCACUUAUGAUGAGAUCGAGUACGUCCUUUAUGAUUGUGUAUAUUUAUACAAGGAAGGCGAGCCAGAGCCUUACAUCGGGAAGCUUAUCAAACUAUGGGAGCAACCAAAUCGUAAGAAGAAAAUAAAGGUCCUUUGGUUUUUUCGCCCAAUUGAGCUUCUCAAUUGGUUGGGAGAUGACCACGCACUUGAGAACGAGAUAUUCUUGGCAUGCGGUGAAGGCAUGGGGCUUGCCAAUGUGAAUCCUCUGGAAGUCAUUGCUGGAAAAUGCAAUGUGAUUUGUACAUCAAAGGACGAGAGAAAUCCACAACCUUCGAACGAAGAAAUGAAAAUGGCUGACUUCAUCUUCUUUCGUACAUUUGACGUGGGGAACUGUACAAUAUCUGAUAAAUUUUUAGAUAAAAUAGCUGGUGUUGAGGUCAGGUAUAUUUUUAAUAGGAAAGAAGGACAUACAUCUGCUGAUAUUCCGAAACUUGAAGUAACUGGGAAAGAUGAUCAUGGGAAAGUGGUUGCAAGCAAUGCAGUUCCACAAUUGCCAUCCAUGUUAGACUCAGCAGAAGCUCUGAAAAAUCUAACUAACAAUGAAAAGCCUGCUCGUGCAACAGGUUCAGUGGUAAAAGAUGCAGACUCGAAAGCUUCUUUGGUUAAUUCUGGAAAGGGCACUUCAGAGGAGCCAUUCUCAGAUGACAACAACAUACCAAGAAAAAGAACUAAUUCUGAGAAGGACGAGGGCAAGGCUGGUAAAAUUCCUGUCAGUCAGCCAGAAGAUAAAGAGAAACUGAAACCUGUUAAAGAUUCAGAUGAGCUUGACAGUAGGCCUUCCAAGAAAUUGAAGGUCACUGAUAAUUCAGCUAAACCUUCUGAGUUGCAGUCUAAUGUUUCUCCUCCGUCAGCAACUGAUAAGGAGAAGUCGGACAAUAGCGUGCUGAAGCUAAGAGUUGAAUCUGAUGAGGAGUAUGACAAGACUUCUGAAGCUCCUGCCAGUAGUUCUGAAGAUAAAUCAAAAGUCAGGUCAGUUGACAAUUCUGUUGGACAGGACAAGGGAACUUCCAAGAAAGUGAGGCCAGAAGAGAAGAAAGCCAAACUGUCUGAUGGAACAUUGCAUAAAACUGCUGCAGUUGCACUAGAGAAGGACAUCAGAACUGAUGGUCAAAUAUUGGAAGUCACCAGAAGGCCAGAUGCUGAUCGAAGCAAAUGGUUCAAAGGACUUCCUUGGGAGGAGAGAAUGGAGGAUGCCCAUAAGCAAGGGACACUUCUCCUGCUAGAAAAUUUGGAUCCAUCAUACACUUCUGCUGAAAUCGAGGAUAUAAUUUGGCAUGGAUUUAGAGAAAAUUGCACUGCAAAAGUGAUACAACGGACUAUGACUUCUAGCCCAUAUUCUGGUCGAGCUUUUGUUAUUUUUAAAACAAAAGAAGCGGCAGAAAUGGCAGUCAGAAGGUUAGAUCAAGGAUGCCUAAUGCUACCAAAUGGAAGACCACUUGUGGCUAGCAAAGGAACCCCGGUUGUCCAAGGAAAGCAAUCCCAAUUUUUUGGCCAUUUGUUUAUUGACAAAAUCAAAUUCCAAAUGCAACGGGAUGAGUUGAAAAAAGCAGUGUCGACAUCCCAUUGUUCGCAGCCUAACACAAUCGAAUACGAGAUGGCCAUGGAAUGGAGGUUGUUACAAGCAAAGUCAGACAUCUGGUGGAAGGACUUGUAUAAGCAACAAGGGGAGGAAUUGAGAAAGCUGAGAAGCAGUCUAAAAAGCAAGUAAGCAAGCGAUGCUAUCAUUGGCUUUUCGUGGCCAAGAGAAAUCACUAAUGCUAUUUGCUGAGGGGGUUUUUGGGAGCAGAAAGAGGGAUGCCGUUGACCACCCUUCAUUUUUGAAACAUGCUCCCUUGAGAUUAUUAACACGCUCAAGAUUAGUCUGCGAAACAGAAGAUCUCUGUCUAGCAUCAAUGGAUAGGACAGCGUCAACCGAAAUAUUCCCUUUGGCGUCAAGCUGUAUCUUGAAAUCAGAUCUGAUUUUGCAGAGGUUCCAGGUCCUUGGGAAUGCUCGUGCAUAUUUUUACCAUUGGCAGUUCAUUUUGUAAACUUAGAAAUUAAGUUCAAUGCCAAUUUCUCUUACCA